AACAACAUAAAAGACUCUAGAACAGUGUCACGCAGUUCAAGGCCGCGUUUUAUCAAAAUCUCAAACAUAUAAAAACCCAAAAUUUCCCAUUCAUAAAUUUGCGCUUCCGUCUUUCACUCCUCCUCUCCUCUUUCUCUCUCUUCAACCAACCUUAGUUUACUGCUCCAUUAAAUUUUUAGACAGAAUCAAAGUUGUAACGAUAAUCUUUUCAUGGCGUUUCGCACCGCGAUCUCCAACAACGUGAUCUCUCCCGUCCGUACCUCCGUCGCCGGAGCGAGAUCCAUCUCAUCGUGGUGGCAACACGUCGAUCCGGCACCCAAGGAUCCGAUUCUCGGUGUCACCGAAGCUUUUCUUGCGGAUCCCAGUCCUGAUAAAGUUAAUGUUGGAGUUGGCGCUUACCGUGAUGAUAACGGGAAGCCUGUUGUUCUUGAUUGCGUUAGAGAAGCAGAGCGUCGGAUUGCGGGUAACUUGAACAUGGAGUAUCUUCCAAUGGGAGGGAGCAUGAAGAUGGUGGAAGAGACACUAAAGCUGGCCUAUGGAGAGAACUCUGAGUUCAUCAAAGACAAAAGGAUAGCUGCUGUGCAAUCUCUCUCUGGAACAGGUGCAUGCAGGAUUUUUGCAGACUUCCAGAAACGUUUUCAUCCUGAUUCCCAAAUCUAUAUACCAAUUCCAACAUGGUCCAACCAUCAUAACAUUUGGAGAGAUGCCCAGGUUCCUGAGAGGACUUUCCAUUACUAUCACCCAGAAUCUAAGGGGUUAGACUUUGCUGGACUGAUGGAUGACAUUAAGAAUGCUCCAAAUGGUUCAUUCUUUCUACUUCAUGCUUGUGCUCACAACCCAACAGGAGUGGAUCCUACAGAAGAACAAUGGAGAGAAAUCUCAUAUCAGUUCAAGGUAAAAGGUCAUUUCCCCUUUUUUGACAUGGCAUAUCAAGGUUUUGCUAGUGGUGACCCAGAGAGAGAUGCAAAGUCCAUCAGGAUUUUCCUUGAAGAUGGCCAUCUUCUCGGCCUUGCCCAGUCAUAUGCAAAAAAUAUGGGUCUCUAUGGUCAGAGAGUAGGAUGCCUUAGUUUACUAUGUGACGAUGAAAAGCAAGCCGUGGCUGUAAAAAGCCAAUUGCAGCAGCUUGCUAGACCCAUGUAUAGUAACCCGCCUGUGCAUGGAGCACUCGUAGUCUCAAUCAUUCUUGAUGAUCCAGACUUGAAGAAAUUGUGGCUCAAAGAAGUCAAGGGCAUGGCCGACCGCAUCAUUGGAAUGCGAACUGCUUUAAGAGAAAACCUUGAGAAGUUGGGCUCGCCUUUAUCGUGGGAGCAUAUAACCAAUCAGAUUGGCAUGUUCUGCUACAGUGGGAUGACACCUGAACAGGUGGACCGUUUGACCAAUGAAUAUCACAUCUAUAUGACUCGCAAUGGCCGUAUAAGCAUGGCGGGUGUUACGACUGGAAAUGUUGGAUAUCUGGCUAAUGCUAUACACGAAGUGACCAAGUAGGGCUCAUUGAGAGGUUGCAAGGUUGCAAAUGUCUCUACAUUUUUGUUAAUUUCUUGGCUAUAAUUCCCUCUAAUUGUUAAAGGGAUAGCAAUAAAUAUUAUUUUUUUUCUUUUGAAAAAAAAAAGGAAAACAAUAUAAUUUCUUGGUCACAUCAAUUGUUCUUCCUCCAUUUUUCGUUGGAGGAUUUUGUAGUUUUAUUCAGAAUUGCACUUCAUACCGAAACUAUGAAGAGCGCAACAUUACUUAUUGGAGAAUAAAAAUGGUGCAUUUAAUUAUUAUAAUUUCA